ACUUGAUAUGAUUACGACACCCAGGCUAUAGAUGUCCUCCUCCGCCAUGGCGAUGGCAGAUUUUCGGGAAGUCCUGUCCCUCUGGCAGCCGAUCAUCUUCUACAUCCUGUUGACGCUGGGUGACCGAAUGCAGAACCCUUACGAGUACAAGCUCUACUACUACAACAAGGUCAGCGGACACGGCAUCGCCCAGAUCUACGCCGCAGGUGCCGUAGCCGCGAGCCUUGCCGACGUCUUCGGUCGCUCUGUGGCUCGUCGGGUCGGCUGGAAGAUAUCGGCCGCGCUCCUCCUGGCCUUCCUUGUCGAGUCAUGCCUGCUAAAGAACACAGAGGAACUCCAGCCUCUCAUCACCAGCAAGAUCUUAUCUAAGGUUUGCCUCAUCACCAUAUUUCCACUGGCGGUGGGACAGUUCAAUCCUCGUAUGAUGCCUUCCGAAUUCGUCAUCGUUACCGUCAUCGGGGGCAUAGGAAUAAUAUCUGGCUUGGUCGGCACCUUCCUCUGCGACGUGGUGUACUUUAACUGCUACAUCAUGUACCGUAUCUCGGCUGUCGUGCUGACCGUUGCCUUCUGCUUCCAUUGGCUCGGCGGACCGAGUCAACCAAUCAAAUGUCUUCAGGGACCACGUGACGGUGACUGGAGGGCUACCACCGCCGUGCUUUCCUCCCAAGCCGCUCUGUGGUGCUGCAGUACCAUCGUUGAAAUCAACUGGUGUCCGUUGUCCAGCGGUACCAACAUCGAUGUGGGUGUCCUUUACGCAUUGUACUGCCAGUGUCAUCUGCUCGGUGGUUCCUUCUUCGCGGUCAUCCAAAUGUUCAAGGCUACCUUUCGCUACGCUUUGACUCUUUCCUCCAUCGUCGCUGCCACGGGGAUGUUCUUCUGCGCCAUCUCGACGUACAAUCAGCGUUCUGUGUUGGUCGCCAUCAUGGCGCUGACAGCGUUUCAUUUCGCGCUGGGUCUGCAAGGAACAGCGCUUCGAAGGUUGAGGUCUAAGACAUCGGUUUCUCCAGUUGCGGAGGCGUGCGCUAGGUCCGCUGGUCGAAUCACGGGAGCGCUUCUGGUCUUGUUCACCGAUCACACCUCGUCCUCCGAGCUGCGCGUUGUUUUGUUUGUCUGUUUUGCCUCCAUUCUUGCAGCGAUGUUGCCUGUUCAGCUGCUGGCGAAGUGGAGGAGGAGAAGAGGACCCAAAGUGCUACAAGUCUUGGAGUGAUUGUCAGCCAUAUUUUCAGUUUGCCUCGCCUUGUCCACCAAUAAAACGACAUAUUCUUCGAGCGUGCUAGAAACCGCUCGAGUUAUUUUCGCAU